CAGUUAGUUAAGCUUUAACUGCCAACGAUUCAAGAUGAAGAGCCACUUAUUUGGUUUGGCCAUAUUCGCCAUUCUUAUGGCCAUAGUCAGUGCAACGAAAGUGCGUUAUGAUAAUUAUAAGGUCUUUAAAAUCAGGACACAAAAUCUAGAACAACAAAAAUGGAUCGAGCAGUUAGCUAGCGAUUCAAAGAAUUUUAAUUUAUGGCACAGUGGCAAAGGAGAGGUCCACAUAAUGGUCAAUCCACAGAAAUUGAUAUAUCUACAAAAUUAUACACGUUCAUUUAAUAUGCCUUUUGAAGUCAUGGUUUCUAAUGUACAAAGUCUUAUUGAUGGUGAGCAAACCCCCAAAACGACAGAUGAUCUUAACGAUUUCGGUUGGACGCGGUAUUAUCCCUUAUCCGCAAUUGAAACUUUCCUAGACAACAUACUUGCCAAAUACCCCGAAGUUACCAGUCAAAUAGAUAUUGGCACAUCUUACGAAGGACGCAAGAUACGCGGCAUUAAAAUAUCUUACAAGGAAGGUAACCCCGGUAUAUUUAUUGAAUCGAACAUACAUGCACGUGAAUGGAUUACUUCGGCGACGGCCACUUGGUUAAUUAACGAGCUACUCACUUCAGAAGAUGCAGAUGUUAGAAAAUUGGCCGAGAACCACGAUUGGUAUAUUGUGCCAGUCCUCAACGUGGAUGGUUUUGUCUACACACAUGAAACGGACCGCAUGUGGCGUAAGACUCGCCAACCGGUGGAGGGUUCGAGUUGCAUUGGCGCCGAUCCGAAUCGUAACUACAAUUCACAUUGGUUGGAAAGUGGCGGCGCUUCCUCCAAUCCUUGUGAUGAGACAUAUGGCGGUCCACAACCAUUUUCAGAGUCGGAAGUUAAAGGCCUUGCCGAUUAUGUCACGAGCAUUAAAGACCGCAUUAAUAUUUUCCUCGCUUUUCAUUCGUACAGUCAAGUAUUACUUACACCUUAUGGUUGGACAAUAGAUCCCCCGACGAAUUAUGCUGAUUUGAUUGCUGUUGCGAAGGCGUAUUCCGAUGCAGUACUCCAGUUGCCUUACAAAACAAGUUAUACUUACGGCGCAACAGCUGAUGUGAUGUAUUUCGCCUCUGGUUGUGCCAAUGAUUGGGCCUAUAGUGAGGCAGAUAUUCCACUUUCCUACACCAUUGAAUUCCGUGAUACAGGGCGCUACGGUUUCAUCCUACCUCCAAUACAGAUAUUACCUCAUUGUGAGGAUACUCUUACUGGUUUGUUGGCACUUGUGAAAAAGGCUGACGAAUUGGGUUACCUCGAGCCUAAAUACACACAGCCAGACAAAAUGAAAGUUUCACGGGUAAUGUUAGUUUUCGGAUUUUUAGCCGCGUGCUUGUUGCUAGCUGAAGCAGCCAAAGUGCGCUAUGAUAAUUUUAAGGUUUUCAAAAUUAAAACUGCAAAUGCCAAACAACGUCAAGUCAUCGAGGGAUUGGCAGAAAAUGUGAAAGGAUUUAAUUUAUGGCACAGCGAUGAUAAAGAAAUCCAUAUAAUGGUAAACCCAGAAAAGCUCAUUUAUCUACAAAAUGUUACACGUUCCUAUCAACUACCGUUCCAAGUGAUGGUCUCAAAUGUACAGAGUUUAAUUGAUAACGAGCAGCCCAAAAAGUCUACCGAUGAUCUUUCCUUUGGUUGGACGAGUUAUUAUCCCUUAUCCGCAAUUGAAGCUUUCUUAGACGACAUACUUGCUAAAUACCCCGAGGUUACCAGUCACAUAGAUAUUGGCACUUCUUACGAAGGACGCAAGAUACGCGGCAUUAAAAUCUCUUACAAGACGGGUAAUCCCGGUAUAUUUAUAGAAUCGAACAUACACGCACGUGAAUGGAUAACUUCGGCUACGGCGACAUGGUACAUCAACGAGUUACUCACUUCAACGGAUACUGAUGUGCGUGCCUUGGCUGAGAAUUAUGAUUGGUAUAUUGUGCCAGUACUCAAUGUAGAUGGCUUUGUCUACACACAUGAAACGGACCGCAUGUGGCGUAAGACUCGCCAACCGGUGGAAGGUUCGAGUUGCAUUGGUGCUGAUCCAAAUCGCAAUAGUGAUUCACAUUGGAUGGAAAGUGGUGGUGCUUCCGCAGAUCCAUGCAGUGAAACUUAUGCCGGUACACAUCCUUUCUCAGAGCCAGAAAUUAAAGCUAUUGCCGAUUACGUAACCAGUAUUAAGGAUCGCAUAAAUAUUUAUCUCGCUUUUCACUCGUACAGUCAAGUGCUGCUUUCACCGUAUGGACACACAACUGAGCAAGCCGAUAACCACGAUGAUUUAAUGGCUGUGGCUAAGGCUUACUCGGACGCUGUUAAAGCGUUGCCCUACAACACGGAAUACACGUAUGGCACAUCAGCGACCGCUAUGUAUUACACUACCGGUUCCACCAGAGAUUGGGUUUAUAACGAACAAGGCAUACGUAUUUCUUACACCAUCGAAUUCCGUGAUACUGGACGAUUUGGUUUCAUCUUGCCGGCAAUACAAAUAUUGCCACAUUGCGAGGAUACACUAGCGGGUAUUUUGGCGUUAGUGGAGAAAGCCAAGGAAUUACAAUAUUUGGAAUUAAAAUAUACAAUUUAAAGCAAAAUGAAAGUUCUGGAAUUUCUGAAAAUAUAAAUAUUAUUAACAUUAAUAA